ACUUAAUUAUCUGUCCAAUAAAGAAAAUGAUAAGGCUGCACAUUAAAAGAAAACAACUUUUUAUUAAAAUCUGGAUGAUUGCCAAUUUCUUUAGCAGACCAAGUUCAGUGGGUAAAGGGGGCGAUUGCACUCGACUGCGUCACUGCCACCAAAUCAAAGUCGUUCAGUUAGACACCAUGUUUGUGUUCUUCUGUUUCGCUUUUGUGGCUACGGCCAACGCAGGUAGGUUUUUAAGAAAACGAGUUUACCUUACCAUUUUCAGAGCUGAAACACAACAUUAAUUAUGUCAAUAAGUAUAGUUUUUUCCAUUCACGUCGGCUUGGUAAGUUUAUUGGAAUAUCGCUUUUCCUGUCCAGUCAUCUCAUCAAAGUAUUUAGAUAAAAUAACACAGAAAACAACUGAAAUCCACUUCAACAGCUAAUUAUAUUGAAUUGAAUAUUGCUUGAAAUCAUAAAAUCCUAUACAGCUGUAAAGAAAAAACAAAGGUCAAAUUGCUCCGAAUAUUUCGUAAAUUAAAUUUAAUAACAACUUGUAAACGUUAAUGAAUUAACUGAUAGUUGCAUUGUCUAGUUUUUAUUUUAUUUUUAUUUUUUAACAUUCUCAUUGUUUAUGUACGCAGACCCUGCCACAAGCCAAUAAUUAUUUUAGCGUUAUAACUUAAAAAUGGAUACAAUUUUAACAACAAGCGAUACGCAAACAAAAAGAAUUGCAAAGAAGAAAGUUUAAAGGGGGAUUUACUAAAAGCUCAAGAGUUCUUUUCUGGUGUGAUAUUUUUUUUAAAUAUUCGUAUAAGAGCGAAUAAUAAGUUGGAGACAAUUUUAAAUAUUUUUGUUUAAUAAUGCACAGCCAUUUUUAAGAAGCGCAUGUGACGCAAUAAUGAACUAUUACAUUAUCUGGGGUAAGAUCACGAACGGAAAAAAUAUUUUCAGAGAGAAAAGGGCAUAAUGGGUUGUUAAUACCAUUUCUUCUUUUAUAUGCAUUUCGGUUGUCAUGGUUUGGCUAAAGUAAACAUGGAUCGAAUAACUUCAGAGUAAAAGUAAAAAAAAAAUCAUAUAUAAAAAUCAUAUAUUUUAUUUUAAAAACUAUAUUAUUGGGUAUGUUGUAAUUAACCAUACUUUACUUAGUGGAAUCGAGUUUUAGAAGAAACAAAACAUGAUUUUUGAACCAAUCCAAAUUGACAAAAGUAGUCUGCAAUGUUCGGAAAACUAGGUAAAUCCCUGGGAGAAUAAAAGCUUCAUCUGACAAGCUUUAAAAAUGAUUUUUAUGAAAAGCAGUAAUUAAUAUAAAUUUAGAAUUCUAGAAGAAAAAAAAAGAUAAAUGGGAAAAAUUCAAAACAAUAGUUUGAGAUCCAGCUAUAUUUAUCUGUCUGUUAUAUUUAAAAUAAUUUAUUCUUCAUCUUGUGAUGUUCGCAGCUCUCAGAAACUGUUAUGGUGACGUGGCAAAACUUACACCAACUGGUAAAUACCCAACAGGUGAGAUAUGGAUUUAUUUAUUUUUGUUGUGAUAAACUAAUUCAUUUGAGAUUAUAUUUUUUAAAAAUUUAAGAUCUAUUUAAAUUAGCUAAUUUUUAAGAAAGAAAAGCUCAGAAAGAUUCGAGUCAAAAUAACAAGCCAAUAACAUAUUUUCAGUCGAAAUAUGACGUUAUAAUAUCUAUUUAGAAACCCUCGUAAUUUUGGUGGCUGUCUUUGUUCAAUGGAACAAAAAUUAAAAAAAAAAAUGAUUCCUUCAAAACGAAUUAGUGUUAAAACUUUAUGACGUUUGUAGUUAUCAGAUUUUAAACACAUUUUUAACAGGGAACGUAGUGUCAUACGCUUUUGUUCAACAUGACCUCCCAGCCCUGGUCUCACAUAAAAGUUGUUACGAUGCAUCUGCUGAUAGAAACUGUGAGUUCACAUCACGUGUGGUUUGUCUUUUUUUAAUUAAUUUAAUUAAGCUUGAUCAUCUAUAGCAUAAGUUAAGUUCAGACUUCUUGUAUUUUAAAAAAAAAAUAUUAAUUUGUGUAUUAUAGUCAAUUACAUGUAUUACCAUGAGACACACUAAUACAUUAUUUUGAAAUCAAAGAAAGAAUUAUGAAAUUUGUAUUUUAUUUUUUUAAUACAUGACAACUAUGUGACUGUAUUCGGUAAGAAUUGUUAGGAUUUACCAAGAGCUUGGGAUAUUUAUUAUAUUGUUUUAUUGACGCGUGUACAAUUGACAACUCUUGACACGUUCUACAAUCACUCAUGUUAGGUAUUCAAGCUUCAGUAAUAGCUGCGCUAGCCAGUAGAGAAAGCCAAGGGGGAACAAGCUUGAUCAAUGGAUAUGGUGACAGUGGAAGGGAAUGGGGAAUUUUAAGGGUAAGAAAAAUGGAUAAUAAGUGAAAGAAUUUUUUGAAAGACUUACAUCUUAUUAAAAUAGAUAAUUUUAAAUCAUGAAUGAUGUUAAAAAUUCAGAGCCAUUAUGGCAGAUAUUAUAGCCUUUAAAGCCUUUUUCAAGUAGUUCUUAAUUUACGUAUAAAAAACCUUGGUUGCAACAUCAUCACCAACCUCAUCACCGAAACAAAAAUUGUUAUUUUAAACUUUUAAGUAAAAUCAACUCUAAAACCAUGAAAGGAUGGAUUGCUUCGAAUGUAAUGUGUUGGCCGUUGGAAUUUAAGUCACUUUACCCCGCAAAUGAACGUCUGACCCCAUAUCUCCGUUUCAAAUAGGAAUUUCUUCAAAACCUGUUGUUUUUUAAAAAUAAUAAUAACGCUUUUAAUGUUUGCCUUCUCUGUGUUCAUAAUCACUUUCAUCAUGUCGCUAUAGUGUAAUCUUGCUCACUCUGGACUUCCGUGCACCUCUGUGGCCUGGAACAGCUGUGCUCAUAUCGAAAUGAUGAUCAGCAAAGUUUUAAUACCAGACAUUUACACUGUAAGUAGGGGAGGAAUUCAAAGAGUCCUAAUUAUAUUUUUAUAAUAUGGUUUCCCAUAGUGAUUAACAAAGAAACAGGUGCCAUUUUGCACGUUAUUUUACCAAUAAAAGAUGGGACCCGAAUUUAAACAGUUUUGGAAAAAAUAGAAUUUGUAUUCAAGUACAAUUAUUUCAUUAAUGUUAAACAAUUCAUUUAUCCAGAUUAAAACAAGUGCAGCUCUUUAGGUUUUAUCAAAGUUUAAAUGCUCUAGUUGUUACUAUUUCACAGGUGUAUGCCAAUCAUCCAACAUGGACUAUUGAUCAAGCCCUCCAAGGUAAAAUUUCAUGCUUUCUCUGCUUAUUUGCUAUGUGUUUGAAAUUUAAGGUUAAUGCCUUUCCAGCAGCUAUUAUUUUGAAUAUUGGCGCUGACAACAGCAUGUCACGUCGUUAUCAAAUAUUUGAUAUUAGAAAGAACCAAUGCUUCAAAUUUUAAUGUGACAUAAAAAUUUUAUUUUUAUCAAACAAAUUAAGCUAUAUUCAUUGACAUCAUUAUGCCGUCGCUUUAUGGACUGGGUUCCCGAGAUGAGUAUGGGGGAGGGAGGGAGGGGGGCAACAUCAAAACGGGUAAUUUGUUAGUUUUACCUUUCAAACAACUUAUAUGUUUUAUUUAGGCUGGUAAUGAAAUACUCGUUAAUCACAAACAUGGCACAACCGAUAUCAUGUAGGAAAUUCAAAGGUUCUUUUCUUUAAAUUAUUUUCAGAUGGGGAAAAUCUAAGAAAAAUAUGUUUUAAAUCUGAAGUAGAUUUUUCCUCCAAACAGUGAAAUAAUUAUUCAGAUAAUAAAUAAAAUGGAAUGUGUAAUUUUUUGGCGGGGAAUUAAUCAACUUCGAUUUGGUAUUUACGUCCAGUAGAAUUUCAGAACAUUAUAAGUUCUUCAAGAAAUGGCUGGAGAAGAUGCAAUGCACAUUUUUUUAAAUAAUAAUUGUAUUCACAGGGGGUGUAGCUGCUUACGAUGCCGGCAUCCGUCUUGUCCAGAACUGGCUCACUAUAGAUGCCAACACAACGGGAAAUGACUACAGCAAUGACGUCAUUGCCAGGGCUAAAUGGCUAAGAGCCAACGGUUGGAAUUAAAUGCUAAACAAAAUUAAUAUUUACAAAUCUUCGCAUAAAAAAAUAAAUUGUCAAAUAAACUCAAACAUGUUGUUCCAAUAAUAAAUUAAUUUCCUACAGUGCCAAAGUUAGAAAAAACAAUUUCACAAGAGUUAUGUGGAUAACAUUUUAAUAAUUGUGUACAGUCUAUGAGAGGAGGAUUUCUACUAUUAAUAUAAUAAUGACGUAAAAAUUAGACGCUUUCAUAGCAACGACGCAAAACUUAAUUUUAAUUUUUUUUUUAAGCGCUCACAAAUUUUAUUUGUCUGGUCGUUUGGAUGGG